GGUCAAGCCAUACCUCCCCUCGUCUCCCCAACCCCCUAGACCUCCUUCUGCCUCAGCUGCUUUCCCUGCACCCACGCCUGGCUGUUCAUGAAAGAUGCCGAGGCCACCGGUCGAUAGAACGCGUGAGAAGGAGGUGCUUGGAUUGGACUUGAUAACGCAGCAAACGCCUGAGUACAAUACGACUCCUAUUCGUAUCACAUGUCUUUCGAAAACGCCUGAGCUCAGUAUCGGGCCGAAAAUGGUCAGAGGCCUCGAGCUCGUUCCUCAUCUCGUUCUGAGGCCAUACACCGUCGGCCGCCUUCACGAGCGUCUCCUUCGCGACCACUGUGUCCGUCUACACGCCCCGCCGAAGACAGGGAAUACGAUUCUCUGUGCGCUGCUUGCUCACUACUACCUCUACCUGAACCCAAAGUCUCGGGUGCACUACACCAAGGGAUGGAACCCAGUCGACUACGAAUACAACGCCAAAGACGCCAUCUUCGCACGUACCGGAACCAGCUACAAAGAAAUGUGGAUGAAAAGCGAACUCCUGAUCAUCGACGAGGCGGACGUCACGAUGGAUGAUAUGUCCCUGUACUCCCUCCUCGCCAACGCCGAUUUCCGUGCGAAACCGUUCAUGUGUCUCAUCGUUACUUCGGCGCGGACGGUGACGCCCAGGCCGCCGCCGAGUACGGUGUAUCUUCAUGCGCCAGAACGGAGCUUGGAUCGGUUGAGAAUGCUUAGUGUUGUUUUUGCGCCGGAUGAACAGGAUGAGUUCAUCGAGUCCUGGGAGUAUACACAUCACGUCCGACUCUCGACACCCCUCCGUCGCCGCGUCAAAGCACUCGCCGAAGGUCAUCCAUCCAUCCUCCGCAUCUGUCUCCACCUUAUUCGGAAACGCGUUCCAUACUUCUUCCUCGCGCUCUCCGAACAUCUCGUCCACCUCGGCCUCAUCCCGUCUUCCCACGAGCUCAACAGUGACAAGAAUCUGUGGUUUCUCCUGUCUGCAUUCUUGAACAGGUACCCGGACGGCUUACACCCCUCGUACCUCCUCCGAACCGAUAUCCGCUCCGCCUUGACGCUCGCCAAAUCUCGAGGCUGGCUCGCUACCUCCGCAGACGCACACGGCACGCUUCAAACCAUCUUCACCACGAACGCACACCGCGCCCUCCUCGAAUGGCGUAUGAGACAGAUGUCGUGGCAGGGUGAGGGAGCGGCGUGGGGGCUGUUGAUGUCCAGGAUUGAGGCGUGUGGGUUUUUAGAGGGACAUGGGGAUGCGUUUUUGAGGGGGAUGGAUUUCGAGAGGGAGGGGGUUGUUGUUGGGGAUGGGAGUGUGGGAGGGGGACUGGGGCAUGGCGAUACUGAUGGUGGGUUUGUCAUGGUUGUGAAUGAGGAGGGAGGUGCUGCUACUGCGGCGACUUAGACGUUGUGGGGGCAUAGAGGGACUGUAACAAGAGGCGCAAAGGGACAGAGAUCGGAUAAGGGACAUUUG